CAAGAAGCAGAGCAGCACAAACUUUUAACGAACACUUCCUUCCGCCGCCGCCGCCACCGCCUGCUGCUCCUCGGCCGCCUUCAGGAGUUAUGGGGUCAGUGAAGAGGAAGUCUACGAAAGAGGCGGGGGAGGAUUACGGGACUCCGCCAUUAAAGCAGCAGAGAGAGAAUGACUCGGUGGUGGGGAUAACAGACGAGCCAGUUGCUUGUCUUCACGACGUAUCGUAUCCGGAGGGGUAUGUGCCGCGUGCGUCAAGUUCGAGUGUUCUUAACAACGAAGACUCGAAACCGGCCAAAGAAUUUCCUUUCACUCUUGACCCUUUUCAGUUGGAAGCUAUUAAGUGCCUCGACAAUGGAGAAUCCGUCAUGGUGUCUGCGCAUACUUCUGCUGGUAAAACAGUUGUAGCGUUGUAUGCCAUUGCUAUGUCGUUGAGGAACAAGCAGCGUGUGAUAUAUACAUCACCGAUUAAGGCACUUAGUAAUCAGAAAUACCGAGAGUUCAAAGAAGAGUUUUCAGAUGUGGGGUUGAUGACAGGUGACGUCACCAUCGAUCCCAAUGCUUCUUGCUUGGUUAUGACUACAGAAAUCUGGCGAAGCAUGCAGUACAAAGGAUCGGAGGUUAUACGGGAGGUAGCUUGGAUUAUUUUCGAUGAAGUGCAUUACAUGAGAGACAGAGAGAGAGGUGUAGUGUGGGAGGAGAGUAUCGUUAUGGCACCAAAGAACUCUCGGUUUGUUUUCCUCUCAGCUACUGUGCCGAAUGCGAAGGAGUUUGCUGAUUGGGUUGCAAAGGUACAUCAGCAGCCAUGUCAUAUUGUUUAUACUGAUUAUCGGCCUACACCCCUUCAGCAUUACAUUUUUCCUUCUGGAGGCGAUGGUCUUUAUUUAGUGGUUGAUGAAAACGGUAAGUUUCGAGAGGAUAGCUUUCAGAAAGGUUUAAAUGCACUCAUUCCGAACAAUGAUGACAGAAAGAAGGAGAAUGGAAAAUGGCAGAAAGGCUUAGUUGUGGGUAAAUCAGGAGAAGAUAGUGAUAUAUUUAAGAUGGUGAAAAUGAUCAUUCUCCGACAGUACGAUCCUGUCAUAUGUUUCAGUUUCAGCAAAAGAGAAUGUGAAUUGCUUGCUAUGCAGAUGGCUAAAUUGGACCUAAACGAUGACGAUGAGAAACUAAACACAGAAACCAUUUUCUGGAGUGCUAUGGACAUGCUGUCAGAUGAUGAUAAAAAGUUACCACAGGUUUCAAAUAUGCUUCCUUUGUUGAAACGAGGAAUAGGUGUACAUCACUCUGGUUUGCUUCCCAUACUGAAGGAAGUCAUUGAAAUCCUGUUCCAGGAAGGAUUCAUCAAGUGCUUGUUUGCCACAGAGACCUUCAGCAUAGGGCUGAACAUGCCUGCCAAAACUGUUGUCUUCAGUAACGUUCGCAAAUUCGAUGGAGAUAAAUUUAGGUGGUUAUCGAGUGGGGAGUACAUACAAAUGAGUGGUCGUGCUGGUCGUCGAGGAAUUGAUGAACGCGGGAUAUGCAUUCUUAUGGUCGAUGAGAAGCUUGAACCUUCUACAGCAAAAAUGAUGUUAAAAGGAAGUGCAGAUCCUUUAAACAGUGCAUUUCACUUAAGCUACAACAUGCUUUUGAAUCAAAUACGAUCCGAAGAUGGUGAUGCCGAAAACCUGCUUCGUAACUCUUUCUUUCAGUUUCAAGCUGAUCGAGCCAUUCCCGAGCUUGAGAAACAAGCAAAAGUUCUCGAGGAGGAGAGGGAGUCCAUUACUAUUGAAGAAGAAGAUAGCCUAGAAAAUUACUACUCAUUGCUACAACAGUAUAAAGCUUUGAAAAAGGACAUAUGUGAAAUAGUGUUUUCUCCAAAACAUUGCUUACCCUUUCUGCAGCCUGGCAGGCUUGUCUCUAUCCAAUGUACGAAAAACGAUGAAGAUUCCUCGUCUUUCUCUAUGAAAGAUGAGAUCACAUGGGGAGUCAUCAUCAAUUUUGAGAGGGUUAAAACAGUUUCUGAAGAUGAUGCGAAUAAAAAACCAGAAGAUGCAAGCUAUACGGUGGAUGUUUUAACGAGAUGUAGAGUGCAUAAGGACGAAAUUGCUAAAAAAACAAUCAAGAUCCUUCCUUUGAAGGAUCCCGGUGAACCUGCUGUUAUUUCAAUUCCGAUUUCACAGAUUGAUAGUUUAAGUAGUAUUCGGCUAAUAAUACCGAAAGAUCUGCUGCCAGUAGAAGCUCGGGAAAAUACAUUGAAGAAAAUUUCUGAAGUUCUCACUCGAUUUGCGAAAGAAGGCAUGCCUCGUCUGGAUCCUGAAGAUGACAUGAAGGUUCAAAGUAGUUCUUAUAGAAAAGCUUCACGAAGGAUAGAAGCACUGGAAAGUCUUUUUGAAAAGCAUGAAAUAGCCAAAUCGCCGCUGAUUGAGCAAAAGCUCAAAGUUCUUCAUUCUAAGAAAGAACUUACGACAAAAAUCAAAUCUAUAAAGAAAACAUUGAAGUCUUCCUCAGUUUUAGCAUUCAAAGAUGAACUUAAAGCAAGGAAAAGAGUACUCCGAAGACUCGGAUAUAUUUCAAGCGAUGACGUGGUGGAGUUAAAGGGGAAAGUUGCAUGCGAAAUUAGCAGUGCAGAUGAAUUGACUUUGACAGAACUUAUGUUCAAUGGAGUUCUGAAAGACGUAAAAGUGGAGGAGAUGAUAUCUCUUCUCUCGUGUUUUGUGUGGCAAGAAAAGCUUCAAGAGGCUCAAAAGCCACGAGACGAGCUUGACUUGCUCUUCAAGCAAUUACAGGAUACAGCCGGUAAAGUGGCCAAGGUUCAGUUCGAGUGCAAGGUACAAAUUGAUGUCGAGAAUUUUGUGAGUUCAUUCAGACCAGAUGUUAUGGAGGCCGUUUAUGCUUGGGCUAAAGGGUCGAAAUUUUACGAGAUAAUGGAAAUGACUCCGGUUUUCGAGGGAAGCUUGAUAAGGGCAAUUAGGAGAUUGGAGGAAGUUCUUCAACAGCUUAUACAAGCAGCAAAAUCAAUCGGUGAGACAGAUCUUGAAGUUAAAUUUGAGGAAGCCGUCACUAAGAUCAAGAGGGAUAUUGUCUUUGCGGCAUCUUUAUACUUAUAGACUUAUCGUAUAAUUUAUCUGAAGUCGUGUUUUGUUAUAUUAUUAUCGAUUUGAGGAAGCGUAAAGGGUAGCUGUGGAAGUUUAAUUGACGGAAGAAAGAAAAGUAGUUAACGAAGCAAUGAAAGACAAACUUUUUAGGCCUAAAAAAUAGAUAUUUGCUACUGUGAAAAAUCUGUACUGUUCGGAGUAUAAUUUUGAAGACGAUUGGUACUGGUUAAGGAGGAGAGAGAAAGAGGCCCUCGAUUUUCGGCCGAGAGUUAAAAGAGUCGAGUUGAUACAUUUUUACCGAUAUUUAUUCGAUUUUACUCCUCAAAGCUGUAAUUGAGCUUCUCUUAAACAGUUAAACUCAAUGGAUCAUUGAGAUUUAUUUUUGUUUCCUUUUUUUUCUUUCUUUCUUUUGUACUCAUAUUAGUGUUUGUAUUGAUCAUCGAAAGUCGAAACUAUUAAAAAUUAGAAUAACAGUUUUCUUGUGAAGC